AUGCAGCUCAACAUUACAGGCUUUCCAUCUGUUUUUAACAUGGAACCGCUCGAUAUCUCAUCAUCAGGCAUCUACCCAGCAUUUUUCCUUGGGAUGGUGACCUACUGCCUCAUAGUAGCUGGGAAUCUGACCAUCUUCCUCACCAUUGCUCUAAACAGGAGCCUGCACAAGCCUAUGUACCUGCUGCUCAUUAACCUGCCUAUCAAUGACCUGAUUGGAGCAACAGCUUUCUUCCCUCAGCUGAUCAGCAGCAUCAUCCUUCAGAACAGGUCUAUCUCCUACCCGGCUUGCUUCCUCCAGGCACUGCUGGUACACCUGUAUGCUGGAGGAGCCUAUAUCAUCCUAACUGCCAUGGCAUAUGACCGCUACAUGGCCAUCUGCCACCCGCUGAGGUACAACACAGUCAUGAGCAAUGUCAACCUAGUGAAAAUCAUUGUUAGUGUAUGGACUGUUGAUGUUGUCCUUAUCUCAGUGCUCUUCUGUCUGCUAGCACGGUUCCAGUUCUGUCAGUCCCUCAUCACAGAUAUGUACUGUAACAACCCCUCCCUUGUGAAACUGAUUUGCGAAAACACAAGUGUAAACAAUUACUACGGGCUGUUACUGUCCUCGUUCCUUCAGGGCAUGUCUCUGAUCACCGUCAUUUUCACCUACAUUCAGAUUCUGAUUGCCUGUCUGGUUAACAAACAGUCUGACACGAGGAGCAAGGCUCUUCGAACCUGCGCUACUCAUUUGACGGUCUUUGUGCUAUUUCAGCUCACCGGUAUUUUUACAGUGCUUUCUCACAGAUUCAAUGAGGUGUCCCCAUACUUGAGAAGAUCUGUUGGUAUCUCAAUUUUAGUGUUCCCUCCCAUCCUUAACCCUCUGAUAUAUGGGCUAAAUACAAAAGAGAUUCGAACCAGAGUAAUACAUUUCUGCACUAAAAAGACUAUCUCUGGCUUCAAUGAGUAA